CAUGCACCAAAUAACAAGCCGUUUGACAACGCUAGUUUGCGAUAAGAGAUAACUAUGGCUUCCUCCUUGAUAAAGUGGUUAAGAGGAUUAUAUGUUUUUUUCUUAACAUGUCUCCUGUCCGUAUGGGCCUUUUUGAAUUUAGAAGAAUUAAAUGAAAUGAAAUAUGGAAUACAGAUUCUGCCCGACCCUGUUAUUAUGGGGCAGGUGGAAGAUGUGAUGUUGGUUUCUAACAAAUACAAGCAGCUGUAUGAGUGUAGGCUGCCUGCUCAGGCUGUGCGCUUUCAUCAGGACCCGGUGUCGGAGCCUGACGUGCAGGGCUACAGUGGCCCAGGAGUCCCUGAGCUCCUCAAACCCAUGCAGACUGCAGCCUGCUUAAUUAAGACCAAAGACUGGUGGACAUAUGAGUUCUGCUACGGCCAGCACAUUAGGCAGUACCAUUUAGAAGAUUCAGAGAUCAAUGGAGAUGUGCUAUUUUUGGGAUAUUAUGAUUCAGAGUUUGACUGGACCAAUGAAACUGCCAAGGCUUCUAAGCAGCAUAAGCUGAAGAGGUAUCACAGUCAGUCAUAUGUCAAUGGCUCCAAAUGUGACCUGAACGGCAACCCCAGAGAGACAGAAGUCAGAUUUGUGUGCGAGGAGGGCUCAAGUGACUUCAUUGCACGGGUGGAUGAACCUCAGUCCUGUCGCUAUGUCCUGACAGUGCACACGUCUCGUACAUGCCAGCAUCCGCUCCUGCGCCAACCUUCCAAUGCCAAGCCACAAGGCAUUGUGUGCCAACCUGCUCUCAGUGCCCAGCAGUACAUGGACUACGUCAAGGCUCAAGUCUCUGACACUAAACGUAAAGUGGAACAGAUCUCAGAGGAGCUCAGGAACCUGGAUGAAAUUCUGUCAAAAGAUGACAAGAACAAGGGAUUGCAAGAUGACAAAAUAGAUGAGAGCUCUGCAGUCCAUUCAGAUGAGACGACAGUUCCAGGGUCAGAGACCAAAGAGGCUGAGGCAGCUGAGGGAGACUCUGUGAGUGAAGAGGCAGAGGACAAGGGCUUCUGGGAGGGAGUUACCAAACCUGCCAGCACAGAGUCAAGCACACCCGAAUCAGAGAGCCCUCAGGAGCCUCAGGAGAGUCAGUUGCAUGAGAAUGACAUAUUUGGGGAAGAAAAGUUUAAUUUUAAAAUCAUCACUGACCCUGCAGAAUUGAUGAAGUUUGUACAACACCUUAAAGAGAGCAAUCAAAAGAACAUGAAAGCCGAGCUGGAAAAAGAGAGCCAGCAAUCAUCUCAGAAGAGAGUGGAGGAGGAGAAAAAAGAAAGGACAAAAGGGAGGGAAGUGGAGGUGGAGAUAGAGGAAGGGGAUGAGGAUGAGAGAUUACUGCAAGAAUUUGAGGAUGAGAUGGAAGAUCUGUCUGUCCCCUCCUCCAAGAUUGAAGAGAUAAAAGAAGAGAUGCAGAAAGAGUUUGACAACAUCAUAGAGGAAGCUGAGCAAGAGUUAGAGAACGAAGGUCUUAAGGGAGAGUUUGAUCGCUCUCAGGCGAUGCAAACUUUAGAGAACACACUUGGGAAACUCCUGGAUCGUGUUGAAGACAAGACCGGACAUGAAAAUGAACCAGAAACAGAAGAAAAUAUAGAAAUGCAUAAAAAUACACACUCUCCACAUAAGAAAGAGGGAGGCCCUUCCCCUGGCAGCCCAGACCUGGUUCCCAAAACACCAGCCCAAGCGGGCAGCAGUGGCGAGCAGGUAAAAGUCAGGGUGACUAAGUAUAAGGUGGGCGGAGGUGUGGCUGCAGGAGCUGUUACCGGGGGCAACGAUGAUGAGGGGGGUGUGAAGGUGAAGGAACUGGGCGAGGGCGACCCCCAGUGGCAGCAGAUUCAGGAAGUGGUCAAAGAACAGCUAGAGAGAGCCGGCAUCAAAGCCGAAGGAAAGAUUGAGGUGAAGAUAUUAACCCAUAAAACAGCAGAUGAAGCAGGAGACCAGUGGCUUUCUGAGGAGGAUACAAAAUCAUUUAGAGAGCUUCUCAUCAACCUUUUGACGGGAGGCACAGAGGAGGUAUAUAAAGAGCAGAAGAGACAGCAAGAGUUGGAGAAUAACUACAGAUUUGUGUGGGGAGAGAAACAGGAUGACAACCAAUCCACAGGAAACAGUGAUUCUGAUGAUGCAGACUUUUGAGCCCUCUCUUGCUCUUAACUUGGGACAAAUUUUUUUUUUUUUUAACUCUGAGCUAAGACCAGACAUGCCGUUGAUUGAUUGUAUUAUGUAGUCAUUGUUGUUUUGGUUCAUGUGGCAUCCCCACCGAACUGCUUUCUUGGAUCGUUUCAGUCAUGAGAACCUUCUGCGAUGUUCAGCCCACUUCCACAAACUCUGAUUAUUCUUUGAGCAUCUGAGUUAUGUCCUUCCUGUUUCAGUCUUGUUGUUUUUUCCCUUAACAAAUAUAAAAAUCACUUGCAUUUGGUGUCGAUAUUUCACAUCCAUGUUACAGUGAUGUUGGGGAACCUGCUGAUAUUCCCUAAAUGUCAGUUUUGUUUUUUCAGACUUGUGAAAUUCACCAUGCUCUUUAUGUCUAUGUGUGACAGGUUAUGAAACAGACUUAACGGUACCUCCUUUCUCAUGCACACUAACUGGUGUACUAAGUUUAUUGUUCAUUGUUCAAAGUCAGUCUGGAUCAUCAUGUUCUCAUAACAACAAAAAUAGUCACGGUCUGUUUGAUUUUUGGUUGCUCUUGAAUGUCAAGAAAAUCUGGAUACAUGAAAUAAUUGUUUUUUUAUUAAUGAUAAGAAGGGUUCAAGGCAGGCACAGUGUGGUAGUAGAGUUGAUGCAGUCAUCCUAAUGUAAAUUGAAGCAGUGACAGGUAACCAAUGUUUAGUCACCAUUUAUUUUCUGGUAUUUUAAUGAGUUAUUUUGGAUUUCUAAUAUGCUGCUUUUUUUUUUGGCCACUGUUGAGGCUCAUAUCUGUUGCAAACAUGUACAAUUAGAUUCUCAUACAGCUACUGUGCCAAGCUCUGGACUGUAAGCAUUUAUAAUUCACCGUAAUGCAUAUAUUUAAUGUUUAGUCAUGUUUAGACAAGGCUUUAAAUAAUUUAUCUCUAAUCACAUCAUUUUAAGAUAGAGCUGGCUUUUCAUUUACCUUGUACCAAAACUGAUGCCAACUAUUAGAAAUCCACUACAUUUAGACACAUUUAGCCUCUUGGUCUCAAGACAAAAGGGCUCUCUUUGUUGUAAAUUUUUUUGAGUGGUUAUAAUUUGGUAGAUUGUAAAUAAUGUUGCUGUAGUGUCUGAAUUGUUUGUUGAUACGUUUAAAGCAUAGGCUACUUUGAGUUUUUAAUGUAAGCACACUUGUCCUCUGUGUGAAAGGACAGGAGUGGUAAAUCUGCUGUAAGCAAAUUCUUUUUUUCUUUUUUAUACCAUGCAUAAAAUGUUCCUGUCACCUUACAAAUAUUUCCGAAAUAGGAGUUAUAAUUGAGAAAUAAAAAAAUCUGAAGGCAGCUCUCAAUGGCAGGCCUUUAGAGCAGGACUACGCAUUUGUCCAAUGAAUACGGCGACAUCUUUGAUUUUAUGGGAAUGACAUUGAGGCUGUGAGGGAUAGACUUACUUCAGUGGCAUGCAUGGUAUAUAAAGCUGUAAAAAGCUCCUAGAUCACAUCAGAUUUUCCACAACUCGUUGUCUAGAGUUUUGUUUUGGGUUUUUUGUCUACUGAAUGUUCUUGAAAAUACAUUUUUCUUGAAGCUGUAGUACAGCCCAUUUACAGCCUCGUUGUCGUUCCAGUCAAAAAUCAAAGAUGGCGCUGCUGUGAAUAAGGUCUACUCUAGCGAGUGGCCCUGAAAUUGUUUACAGCAGUUUAAGAGUUAAAAUGUCGACUUCCACGAAAUGCACCUUUGUACAUGUUUGUACUACUGGAAAAGCAUUUCAUCUCAGCAUCCUCCUGAAAAUGCAUUCAUUUAGAAAUGCUGAUUGAAUAAUGUGAAACAAUAAAUGUACAGAUGAUACGA